AAAUCCUAAGAGAAAAUUCUUUCUGCGCGCAAAUAAAUCGAUAGAUACUGUCCCUGGAAAAUGAAGGACCCCGGACUUCCUGCGCGAUUCCGCUCCUGAUUCUUCGUCGUCAUAAGCGCGAAAUCGUUCGAAAAUGAAUUCGGCACGUCGGACGUGUAAUACACGCCGUUCGCCGACACGUGGCCAGGAAAACAAUUUUUUGCCGGCGUUCUCCGACGAAGGUCUCGACUAUACGAAUAUGUGUACACGUAUACGUAUACAUGUAUACACACAGAUAUUCACACACACACACAUAUAUACGUGUAUUACAACACCGAUACGAGGUCCGGUAGCGAGGCGCCGAUGCGAGGAGCCCUCCUGAGCAAAGGGAUGACAAAAACCGGGUGAAUCGUUCUCGGUAUUCGCGUCGCGAUUGGUCGCCGGCUCCGCGGCCGGGCGCUUACCCCGAAAUUCGGGCCGAAUUCCGAGAAACCGAUUGUCGGACCCCUUGCACCCCGCUAACCCAGGUAACUCCCCUUUUACCACUGCCAUUACUUUGUUUACACCUCACACCGCGCCGCUGUCGCUCGUUCGUUCGUUCGCUCGCUCGCUCGCUCGCGCCGAUUACACAGGCGGGUUACAGCGCUGCCGCCGAUCGAGUUGGACGGCAGCAGCGGCGAGGACGAGGACCAGACCCGGGACGAAGAGACAGAGACCCACCGGCGGGACCAGAACCGCAGGCCCCGCGACUGGCCCGUCCUGAUAGAUUCGACAACAGUGCGUCAUCGUCGUCGUGCAGCGUCCCGACGUAGGUCGCGGCGGACUCGUCUCUCGUCGGCAGGAUGAGGCCCGACGAGAUGGUGGUGAAUAACGGCGAGCAACGCAGGGCGGCGGAGACGAUGUCGGAGACGUCGGAGGGCACCGCGACCACCAGCGUGUCCGGGAAGUCCGGCCUCGAGAGCCGCGAGGAGCUUCGCGAUCUCGCGGUCCUGCUGGGCAUCGGCGACCCUGAGGACCUGCACCAGGAGCGCUUCCGGGUGGAUCGUCGUAAGCUGGAACAGAUGCUUCUCGGUGAUGUCAAACCGGCGGAUACUUUCUUCCAUGGUGUUAUGGAAAGAACAAAUACUAUUGUUACGUGGCCAUCGCGAUUGAAGAUUGGAGCAAAGUCGAAGAAAGAUCCGCACAUAAAAGUCGCAGGACGACUAGAUGACGUACGGACAGCGAAAGAGAAGAUAAUGGAAGUUUUGGACACACGGCAAAGUAACAGAGUGACCAUGAAGCUGGACGUUAGCUACACCGACCAUUCGCAUAUCAUCGGCAAGGGCGGUUUGACAAUUAAGCGAGUGAUGGAGGAAACUGGCUGUCACAUCCAUUUCCCAGACAGUAACCGCAGCAAUCACCAGGAGAAGAGUAAUCAAGUAUCUAUAGCUGGUGAGAUGGAGAGCGUCGAACGCGCCCGCGCACGUGUUAGGACUCUAACACCUUUGAUGUUUACAUUCGAAAUGCCUAUAAUGAGCGCGUCGCAACCCGUGCCAGACCAGAACUCACCCCCCAUCGUAAAGAUACAAGAGAAGUACAAUGUACAAGUGAUGUAUCGCACGAGACCGAAGCUACACGCCACCCUAGUGAUCGUCAAAGGAUGUGAAUGGGAGGUUUCACAAGUCAAGGAGGCGACGGUUCAGCUAAUCCGUUAUUUGUGUAAAAAUCUAGCUAGUCAAAUCCAAGUACAAAUGUCAAUGGAGAUCUCACCUCAACAUCAUAGCAUUGUGCUAGGAAAACAGAGCAGCAAUCUGAAGGCAAUAAUGCAGCGUACCGCCACGCAAAUUAUGUUUCCCGAUGCUGGCGAUCCGAAUAUACCAAAUCUCAAAAAAAGCAACGUCACGAUUACUGGCGCUAUGCAUAAUGUUUACUUGGCUCGACAACAGUUAGUGGGCUCACUACCGUUAGUGCUCAUGUUCGAUCUACCGGAGGAUUCUAUGUCCGCUACCGUGGACACUGAAAAGAUCUCUCAACUCAUGCAAACCUUGGAUGUGUUUAUCAACGUUCGGCAUAAGCCGAAACAAAGCACGCUUUCCGUGAUUAUCAAGGGAAUCGAGAGGAACGCCACUAAUAUUUACGAAGCACGGAAACUGCUGUUGGGAUUGGACGAACCCAGAGUUCUUGCUGAGAUACCGGCUACAUAUCAUGUUCCGCAUGCCGACAAUGUUUUCCAUGGCAAUGCCAAUAAUAAUAAUGAUAUCGGCUCUAACAAUCUGAUGGCUGACGUGACCGAUAACUUUUCGAGUAUGUUGAAUGUAAACGCGCAGAAUCCGUCGUAUUGUAUGUCACCGAUUCCGCACUCGCCAAAUUCCAUGGCAGGAUUAUCGCAUUGGAACAUUGCUUCCCAUUAUAUGCCUAUGUGUCCGUAUCCCUAUCCUCAUUUGAAUCAUCUGCUGACGGCACAGCACAUGUUACACAACAACAUAAUGGGGACUUCCCACGGCGCCCAUGGAUUAACAAAUCAUAUGAUAUCUCCCGCUGUGAGAGCUUACCACUCUAAUGGUGUAUCGACCAAUUUUUCUAAUAUUCAUGGUCUCAACGCCAACCUAACAGAUAACAAAGAGGGUAGCAGUGCUUAUUCUUCGCUAAGCAGCGUCUCUAGCUCUCUAUCUAGUCCUGCUAUCAGUCCUCGCAACGUUUCGCCAGUCAAUCCUACAGAUACAAGUGCUAAUUUAUCGGAUUUAUCUAGCAUGCUAUCCGAAUUACCGGUCACCGAUCGACGUGCGCCUGGCUGCGAGAAAAAGACCCUGGAGUUAGCUGCGCAGCAACAUCUCACGCCCUUCGAUUACGAACAGAAGAAGUUACUAGCCACGAAAGCAGUGCAAAACAAGCCGAGUAACAGCGAUUUCCGCGUGCCGACGUCCGCGUGGUCUGGUUACGGCCUCAGCCAGAGUAUUCCGCAUAUAUCUACGAGUGACUUAAGCAAGGAACUGACACAUCCUUCAGAUUUGUGGAAGGAACCGACCACGCCGAUGUUCAGUACCGAGAUGGAUUUCGGUAAUAUUAUUCCGAGCAAGGAUCGCGUUGGACAAAUAGGGAUGGCCUCGAAUUAUAUAGACCACACACCGACCUCCCAUUUAAAUAAAAUCACGUCCUCGCAUCGUUUCAGUGACUUGGCUAGUAUGCUAGCCAGCAUCGGCUUGGAGAAAUAUAUACAUAUGAACAAACGAACGAGCCCGUUUUCCGGAAGCGCCGCGCCCGGUGCCGAACGGAAGGCCUCCUCGUUGUCGGCUUCGACAGACAAAUGCCUGGACACCAAAUGGUAAAAGAAAACUGAUCGCUCGCUAUUCGUUCCAAACGUGACGGCGUAUCAACGCUUUCGAAUUCGAUCGGCGAUACCGCCCAAAUUACGCAAAGUAAUAAGUACUUAAUAAUCCCGAUCGCGCAUCCGUAAUUUGCGGAUGUUCGGGCGGAACGAACGCGAAUUCACGAGAUUGAUGGAAAAAUAACUAUUUGGAACUAUCUAUAUCUGCAGAGUGACGCGAAAUGGAUAGCCAAAAUAGUUUGCAUGCUUGAUUGAUUUGAUUGCUUAAUCGGGAAAAGAAUUAAGAAGGAGAAAGUUAUUUUUGUGGCCGGGAACUGGCUGUAUUCUUUUUUUUCCUCAUUUUUUUCGCCGUUCUCGGCGCGCGCCCAAAAAAGGUGCCUUAGGAUCUAGGAUAGUCGUUAUUAUUUUCGCUGUCUUCGUUUGUUACACAAUUGUCCAAAAAAACGAUGGACGCGUCGUUUUUGUUUCAUCUUGCUGAUAAAUUUUUCGAAUCUUAUAUCGAUUUCGCGAUUUCAAUGAACGCUUCUAAACAAGCGUUCGCCAAUUAUUGGCGAAGAAUGCAUCAGAUAAAUUACGCUUAUAACGUUCGCGAAACGAAGCGCGUGUCCCAUUCGUUAUAUCGUGUAAUAGUUCGCUUGAUAAUUAGGAUGAUCCGUAACUGCGAGUGAAUGCGUGUAUAUAAGUGUGUAAGAAUGGACACAAAUGUUUCGAAUGAUAUCUACAAAAA